CCAAGAAGAAGAAGUGCAGGAAGUGACGCCAUUACACCGUCAGAGCGCUUGAGAUAAACACAGCAGACAACGCAGCGAAGGAAACCCGCUUCUGUCUGCAGAGAAACAGCGGAGAGCUUCACCGAGCUUCUGCCCGUCGUUCAGCCGGGAUUCAGCUCCUGUCAGCUCGCCGCGGAGGCCCAGCUGCCCGCAGAGAUGCCUGAGACUGAGAGCUACUCCAACCCUCUGGCCCCUGAGGGCCACGAAGUGGACGACCACCGAUCCGCCGCUCAGUCCAAGCUGACCAACGAUGACUUCAGGAAGCUGCUGAUGACGCCGCGGGCCACGCCCUCCUCGGCCCCGCCCACCAAGUCCAGACACCAUGAAAUGCCGAGGGACUACAACGAGGAUGAGGAUCCUGCAGCGAGGAGGAGGAAGAAGAAGAGCUACUACGCCAAGCUGCGUCAGCAGGAGAUGGAGCGAGAGCGGGAGCUGGCCGAGAAGUACCGGGACCGGGCCCGGGAGAGACGGGACGGCGUCAACAAGGACUACGAGGAGACCGAGCUGAUCAGCACCACCGCCAACUACCGGGCCGUCGGACCCACCGCCGAGGCGGACAAGUCCGCGGCGGAGAAGCGGCGGCAGCUCAUCCAGGAGUCCAAGUUCUUGGGAGGCGACAUGGAGCACACCCACUUGGUGAAGGGUCUGGACUUCGCUCUGCUGCAGAAGGUGAGGGCUGAGAUCACCAGCAAGGAGAAGGAGGAGGAGGACAUGAUGGAGAAGGUCCAGAAGGAGACCAAGAAAGACGUGGAACCAGAGGAGAAGAUCGAGUUCAAGACCCGCCUUGGCAGGAACAUCUACCGCGUGGUGUUCCGCUCAGGAGUCCAGGAGAGGAACGAGCUCUUCCUGCCGGGCAGGAUGGCCUACGUGGUGGACCUGGACGACGAGUUCACCGACACGGACAUCCCCACCACGCUGAUCCGCAGCAAGGCCGACUGUCCCAGCAUGGAGGCCCAGACCACCCUCACCACCAACGACAUCGUCAUCUCCAAGCUGACGCAGAUCCUGUCCUACCUGAGGCAGGGGACACGUCACAAGAAGCUCAAGAAGAAGGACAAAGGCAAGCUGGACGAUAAGAGAGCUCCUGAAGCUGAUCUCAGCAUCUUUGAUGACAUCGGGGACUACAUCCCGUCCGCCACGUCCAAACCCAGCAAGGACAAGGAGCGCCACCGAGGACGAGACGAGGACAGCAAGAGCCGCAGACAGGCCUACUUUGAGAAACCCCGAGGGGAGGAGCUCCCCCUGGUGGAGGUGGACCCCGCUCCAGAGUCCAUCAAGGAUCAGCUGAAGAUCAUCAACGAGAAGUUUGGAGGAGCAGCAGCCACCCAGUGGCAGAACCAGGAGCCUGGUUCUCAGAGGAGAGACUCCAGUAAGGAGCAGCUGGGCGAUUUCUUCGGAGGCUCCAACUCGUACGCAGAGUGCUACCCAGCAACGAUGGACGACCUCGCAGUGGACAGCGACGAGGAGGUGGACUACAGUAAGAUGGACCAGGGCAAUAAGAAAGGUCCGCUGGGCCGCUGGGACUUCGACACGCAGGAGGAAUACUCCGACUACAUGAACAACAAGGAGGCGCUGCCUAAGGCUGCCUUCCAGUACGGCAUCAAGAUGUCUGAGGGCAGGAAGACGCGGCGCUUCAAGGAGACCAAUGAGAAGGCGGAGCUGGACCGGCAGUGGAAGAAGAUCAGCGCGAUCAUCGAGAAGAGGAAGAAGAUGGAGGCCGACGGGGUCGACAUCAAGAGACCAAAAUACUGAAGACUUCCUGAGUCCCCGGUUCUGACCCGUUCUGCCCCGUUCUGACCCGGUUCUGACCCGUUCUGACCGGUUCUGACCCGUUAGUGAUGCUGAGCCGCGGUUUUAUUUAACCAGACGUGUUCUUGUUUCUGUUUUUAUUCAGGUUGUUGUGUUUGAGCACCAAGUUCCCAAUAAAGCAAUCAGAACCCA